CUGAGGCGCUGGCCGCGGCCCGUGCGGUUGGCGGCCGGGAAACCCCUCGGCGCCGAACGCUGAGGCGGGGGCGCCCGAGCCGCCAUAGCGAGCUGGCCGGGCCUGGGCGCGCUGCCGUGCGAGAGAGGGACCGGAGGCCGAGCCGGGGCCGCGGGGGGCCCGUCUCCCCGUUGUCCGCCCGGGUCUGCGAGGAGGAGCCGGGCGGGCGGGCGCCGCCGCGGCCCAGCUCGAUCGCCGCGGGCCGGUAGUCGUUGCGGAGGCGGGGAGCGGGGGGGGGGCCUCGCAGCGCCGCCGCGAUGGAGUCCUGAGGCCUCCGCCAGCCGAGUCUGCCUGAGGCCGCGGGGCCUGGCCAUGGCGGAGCGCCGCGGCCUCUGAGCGCCGCCGGCCCGCCCGAGCUCAGCCCGCGCCGCCUGCCCCGGCCCCCUCCGGCGGGCCCUGCCCCGCGCCGCCGCGGGCCCUAACCCGGCGCGGAGGCCGCGACGCCGUCUGCCGCGGAGCAGGCAACCGCCGGGCCCUGACAAUGUCGUGCGUCCACUACAAGUUCUCCUCCAAGCUCAACUAUGAUACGGUCACCUUCGACGGCCUCCACAUCUCCCUGUGCGACCUCAAGCGCCAGAUCAUGGGCCGCGAGAAGCUGAAGGCGGCCGACUGCGACCUGCAGAUCACCAACGCCCAGACCAAAGAAGAGUACACAGAUGAUAAUGCCCUGAUUCCUAAGAACUCAUCGGUAAUUGUUAGAAGAAUACCUAUUGGAGGAGUCAAAGCUACCAGCAAAACAUAUGUUAUAAGUCGAAGUGAGCCAGUGACUGGAACAUCAAAAGCAAUUGAUGACUCUUCUGCAUCUAUUUCUCUGGCCCAGCUUACUAAGACUGCCAAUCUGGAUGAAGCCAAUGCUUCUGAAGAAGAUAAAAUAAAAGCUAUGAUGACACAGUCUGGCCAUGAAUAUGAUCCAAUCAAUUACAUGAAGAAACCCUUGGGUCCGCCUCCACCAUCGUAUACUUGCUUUCGUUGUGGAAGACCUGGCCACUAUAUAAAGAACUGCCCAACAAAUGGGGACAAAAAUUUUGAGUCUGUUCCCAGAAUUAAAAAGAGCACAGGAAUUCCAAGGAGUUUCAUGAUGGAGGUGAAAGAUCCCAAUACAAAGGGUGCUAUGUUGACAAACACUGGAAAAUACGCAAUACCAACUAUUGAUGCGGAAGCUUAUGCUAUAGGAAAGAAGGAAAAGCCUCCCUUUUUACCAGAGGAGCCGUCGUCCUCCUCAGAAGAAGAUGAUCCUAUUCCAGAUGAGUUGCUAUGUCUGAUUUGUAAGGAUAUAAUGACUGAUGCAGUUGUUAUUCCCUGCUGCGGAAACAGUUAUUGUGACGAAUGUAUUAGAACAGCAUUACUGGAAUCUGAGGAACAUACAUGCCCCACAUGUCAUCAGACAGAUGUUUCUCCUGAUGCUUUAAUUGCCAAUAAGUUCCUACGCCAGGCUGUGAACAACUUCAAAAAUGAAACUGGCUACACAAAAAGGCUCCGUAAGCAGAUUCAGCAGCAACAGCAGCAGCAGCCACCACCGCCACCACCUCCACCACCACUCAUGAGACAAACAAUAACACGCAACCUGCAGCCUCUACUCCGGCCAACAAUUUCCAGACAGCAGGAUCCACUAAUGAUUCCAUUAGCUUCUCUGGCUUCUCGUUCUGCUGCUGCUUUGUCAUCGUUGGCCCCUGGUCAGUCAUCUGUGGCAGCUGGGCUGCCAGUAAAUCCGUCUUCUGUUGUUGUCUCCGACCUCCCUCCAGCAGUGUCCCUAUCUCUCCGUGGUGAAAAGCCAGAUGGACCUUUUCGGGAUGCUGAUACUGUUAUACCUCCUGCAGCUCUGGUGACUGCCGCUGAACUUUCUAAAUCUUCCUCUCUGUCAAUCAGCAGUUUGUUGGAAGAGAAGGGCUAUCAGGUUCCUGUACUAAGACAACCAGCAUUACCAAGUCUUCUGGGCCCUCAAGGACAAUCAAUACCCACAACUGGUCAUCCAAUGAGAGCCAGUACAAUUCGCUCAGCAGGUGGCAGACCAGGCUGGGAACUUCGCAAAGCUGAGUAUGAGGAGAGCAGACUGAGGGAAGUGUUGGGGGUGAGGAUGUGGAAGGCAAGCCGCCCGCACAGUGAACGUACCCAAAGGACUGGGGCCCCAACACUACCAGCAUCAACACCAGUCUUUGUGCCUGUGCCUCCACCUUCCGUGUAUCCUCCAGCAGCCCAUGCGCUUCCUCUUCCACCGGGGGUACCACCAAGACCGUUUCCUCCUCAGUUUCCACCUGGUCAGCCUCCGUCUGCUGGGUACACUGUCCCCCCUCCAGGAUAUCCCCCAUCUCCUGCAAACCUGUCAUCAGCUUGGGUACCAAGAGCAGUACCAACGGCUCAUUCAAAUACCAACGCAACGAGACAAGCACCUCCUUUAUCUAGGGAGGAGUUUUACAGAGAACAACGGAGACUUAAAGAGGAGGAAAAGAAAAAGUCCAAACUUGAUGAGUUUACAAAUGAUUUUGCUAAGGAAUUGAUGGAAUAUAAAAAGAUUCAAAAGGAGCGUAGGCGUUCGUUUUCCAGGUCCAAGUCUCCCUAUAGUGCUUCAUCUUACUCUAGAAGUUCGUAUACCUACUCCAAGUCAAGAUCAGGUUCUUCCCGCUCUCGCUCCUACUCUCGAUCAUUUAGUCGUUCCCAUUCUCGUUCCUACUCACGAUCGCCGCCAUAUCCAAGAAGAGGCAAAGGGAAGAGUCGUAACUAUCGUUCUAGGUCAAGGUCACAUGGUUAUCACCGUUCAAGGUCAAGAUCACCCCCAUACAGAAGAUACCAUUCACGGUCAAGGUCUCCAGUAUUUAGAGGCCAGUCUCCCACUAAACGGACUAUACCUCAAGGGGAAGGAGAAAGGGAGUAUUUUAACAGAUACAGAGAAGUUCCACCAUAUGAUAUGAAAGCUUACUAUGGCAGAUCUGUUGACUUUAGAGAUCCAUUUGAAAAGGAAAGGUACAGAGAAUGGGAAAGGAACUAUAGGGAAUGGUAUGAAAAGUUUUACAAGGGCUAUGCUGUUGGUGCUCAACCUCGACCUCCAGUAAACAGAGAGAACUUUUCUCCAGAUAGGUUUGGUCCACCUGGGACCAGACGAGAGAAUUCACCAUAUGCUCGGGGACGUAGGGAGGAUUAUCCUGGUGGGCAGAGCCAUAGAAAUCGUAAUAUAGCUGGAAAUUACCCUGAAAAACCUUCUGGAAGAGAGAGCCAUGGCAUCAAAGAUCCUACAAAAUCAAAAGAGAAGGAGGUGGAAAAUCCACUGGGAGAUGGCAAAGGAAAUAAACAUAAAAAACACCGAAAGAGAAGAAAAGGGGAUGAGAACGAAGGAUUUCCCAAUACUGAGUUGUUAGAAGGUGCAAGAAAACCAAGAGAGCCAGUUACAGCAGAAGACGUUAAAACGGACACUCUGUUCAUGCUCCCAAGCAGAGAUGAUGCCACCCCUGUGAGAGAUGAGCCUAUGGAAGCAGAUUCUAUUGCUUUCAAACCGGUGUCUGAAAAGGAGAAAAAAGAGAAGGAUAAGCCAAAAGCAAAAAUUGAGAAGACAAAGCGGAAAGUAGAAGUGGCUGUUCCUCCUAAGAAAGACAGUGUAAUAAAACCAGCUAAAACUUCCCAAGAGAAGGUGGACGCCGAUCGUGAAAAAUCUCCACGAACGGAACCUCCUGUGAAAAAAGCGAAGGAGGAGUUGCCAAAGACAGACAGUGUUAAAACAUCUUCCUCUCAAAAGGAUGAGAAGGCUCUUGGUACCCCACGGAAAGUUCACCCCAAAGCGACAAAAGAUCACCCAGAAACCAGACCAGCCAAGGAGGAAAAGGCAAAGAAAGACCAUCCAAAAGAAACAAAGUCGGAGAAGCCCUCCAACAAAGAAGACAAGUCAAAAAAACCUGCUGAAAAAAGCAAACCUUCUGAUGCAAAACCUGAAAAAAGAAAAAGAAAAGCAGAUGAAAAGGUUGAUAAAGAACAUGAAGCCACUUCCAUAAAGGUCUCUAAACCAGAAGCUGCUGAAUCGAAAACAUCGCCGAAGGGGAAGACUGAGCCUGAUGGUGAAAAAGGAGAGCGAACUCCAGAAAAGGAUAAAUCUGCUUUUCUUAACAAUCCCGCAAAAAAGAUUAAACUUAACCGAGAAACUGGCAAAAAGAUUGUGAGUGGAGAAAAUGUGCCACCUGCAAAAGAACCUGUUGAGAAACCUGAGCCAAGCAGCAGCAAAGUUAAACAAGAAAAAGCGAAGGGAAAAGUGAGAAGAAAAGUAACAGCAGCUGAUGGAUCUAGUACCACUCUUGUAGAUUACACCAGCACUAGUUCUACUGGAGGAAGCCCUGUUAGAAAGACUGAAGAAAAGCCAGAUACAAAACGAACUGUCAUUAAGACCAUGGAGGAGUAUAAUAAUGAUAUAACAGCUCCGGCUGAAGAUGUCAUUAUUAUGAUCCAGGUCCCUCAGUCAAAGUGGGAUAAAGAUGACUUUGAGUCUGAAGAGGAAGACAUUAAAUCCACCCAGGUGCCCGCAAACGUAGGAAAACCUGCUAGUGUUAUAAAAAAUGUGAGUGUUAAGCCACCAAACCCUGUAAAACACAAUGAAAAAGAGACAGAGCCUUUGGAGAAAACACAGAAAACUACAAAAGAGGUGACUUAUGAAAGCUCCCAGCAUGAUGCAAAAAGUUCAAAAAGUUCUGUGUCGAAUGAAAAAGGAAAAACCAAAGACCGGGAUCAUUCUUUGUCAGACAAGGACACUUCUGAGAAGAGAAAGAGCAGUGUUCAGCCAGAAAAAGACCAUUCAGAACGUGCAACUGAACAAGGAAAUGGAAAAAAUAUUUCUCAAUCUUCUAAAGACAGCAGAUCUUCAGAGAAACAUGAUACUGGCCGUGGAUCCACUGCUAAAGACUUUACUCCUAACCGAGACAAAAAAUCUGACCAUGAUGGCAACAGAGAUCAUUCUAGUUCCAAGCGUAGAGAUGAAAAGAGUGAAUUAGCAAGGAGAAAAGACUCCCCUUCUCGAAACAGAGAAUCUACAUCAGUACAGAAAAGUAAGCCAAGAGACGAACGAGCAGAGCCGUCCAAAAAGGGCACUGGAGAUGCCAAAAGGAGCAGCUACAGUCCUGCACGUGAGCGGAAGCAGUCUGAUCACAAAGCUGCUCACGAUUCCAAGCGUACAUUGGAGGAACACAAACCUCUAGAUAAAAAUUCAGGAAAAGAGAAAGAGAAGCAUGUACCAGAAGUAAAGAGCAAUAAAGAGAAAGAGCCGGCUGGUAAUAAACCACCUUUGAGACAAGAAUCGCCAGAUGUAAAAAAUGAGAAAGAGAGCAUGACAGGACAAAACGAUAAAAGUGUUGUCAAGCCCAAGCCUCAGGUAAGCAGCUCCUCACGGCUCUCUUCUGAUCUAACUCGAGAGACUGAUGAGGCUGCAUUUGUACCAGACUACAAUGAAAGUGACAGUGAGAGUAAUGUAUCUGCAAAAGAGGAGGAAGCUGCAGGAAAAAAUCCUAAAGAACCGAAAGAAAAGGCUGUUGAUAAGGUGAAAGAGGAUACAGCAGCACCUGCUGCAGUUGACCAGCCUGAAGCAAGCCGAAGUCAAAGUCAGAGCAGUCCCAGUGUUAGCCGCAGCCGUAGUCAAAGCCCUUCUGAGAGUCAGACUCGAAGCCACAGCAGCAGUGCCAGCUCAGGAGAGAGUCAAGACAGUAAGAAAAAGAAAAAGAAAAAAGAGAAGAAGAAGCACAAGAAGCAUAAGAAACACAAGAAGCAUAAGAAACACAUUGGAAAUGAAACGGAAUUGGAAAAGAGCCAAAAACACAAACACAAGAAGAAAAAAUCGAAGAAGAGCAAAGAUAAAGAGAAAGAUGACCAAAAAGUGAAAUCUGUCACUACAUAGAAUGACAGAUAAUAAAAAAAUGACUUAAUUCCUAAGUCAUCUGUAUUAAAUUUUGUUAAAAUGUAAACGAAUUCAAGCGUUGUAAAUAAUGACAUGAAAGACCCUGUGCUGCACUUAAAAUAUUGCUGCUUGAUUAUUUGAUUUUUACAUCAGAGCUUUAUAAAAGUGAACAUUUUGUACAGAAUUGUGAGUUGUGACCGUGUAACAUGAAAGGUUUUGCUGGGGCAUCUUAUUUUUAACCACCGUUAAUUAGUUUGGGUGGAGUUUACUGUACUGUGAAAAUUUUCACAUUUGAAUUUUUUUUUUAAUUGCCUGGCAGAAAAAGCUGGUAUCAGUUAUAAAAUAUCAGCAGAAUGAUUUGCAGAAUACAUUACAGCCCUGUUAUGUCACUUUUUGAUUACAAUAAAAAGUUUUCAGUAAACUA